AUGUUAUCUAUCUCGCCGGCGGAGACCGUGCCCCGGCUGCUGCCUGCAUGUGCCGUGACCCACGCGAGCAGACGCACCCCGCGUCAGGCCUGCGAAACAGCGGGCUUCUUAUACCCACAGCUUGCCGUGGCUGAAGUCAGCCUCUCCAAGGGAGAUGUAUUUGCAGCCGCCACAGAGAUGCAAGAAAGCCCAGCAGUUGGACACCCGUUCAAGCGCGUUCCAUUUCGAGUGUUGGAAACACCCUUGGGUGCUCAGCUGCGCGAGGCCAAGCGUCUCUUGGACAGCCGCUCCAAUAGCUGGCUGCAGAUAUCUCGCUUAACCACCAGCAUUCUGCUCCAGCGGGCAUGCAUUUGCAUUUUUGUCGUCACGCUCAUCGCCAGCCUGCUGCACGUUUUGCUCACCCCCGACGACAUUGGCACCUGGACAGAGCAGUUUUUCGUGAUCCCCAUCAUGAUUCUGCUACCUCUGCUGCCGUUGUCCUGGCCAUAUAUCUGGAUUUUUUCCAACCACUUUGUGGUCGCGCGAACCCUGGCCAUGUUCCUGGGAGGAAAUGUGCAGGAAACCAAAGACGAUGAUUCAAGCCUUGACUCCUGGGAGGAGGAGGACGCUGACACCGACAGCAGCGACACGGUUAUUUUCACACCCAGCUCUCUGGUGUGGUCCACCCUCUGGCGCAUCAUGAAGGGGGACUAUCUGCAAGGACUUGUCCGACACACGAAUCUCGUCUUUGUUCUGGGCACGCUCUCAACCCUCACAUUUCUGGACAAGGAAGGCGUGCUAGCAGACCCUGCACCGCAGCCAGAUCGCGUCAUGUUUUUUGAUAGCAAUGAAGACGAAGAUGCCCCUCUAGCCGAAGCAACGGUGGCUACAGAGCUCAAGCUAACGCGCCCGGAGUCCACCUCCUUUGGCAGCCCAGUGACAUUCGAAGAUAGUGAUGCGCGGACAAUGCACUCGGAUAGCCUGCGACCCAUCGGCUUGAAUGUGCUUCUCAAUACGCACUGCAUGCACAGCGAUCAUGGGGCUGAUUUUAUGGACCACCUUGCAGCCAUUGACGUGCGUGAACGUGGUGCGCCAAGCUGUGAUCACCUUCCCUCGGCGCGAUGCCGGAGUUACACACAGCGCCAAGUGUGCAUGUGUCCGCUUGCCGCGGCCAUUGGCUUUACCUCCGAAGCCGUCGAUCGCUUUCGCAUUUAUCAGCGCCUGGUCACCGUUGCACCCUAUCAUGACAUGGCGAUUGCUCAAGCUGCCGCUGCCAAAGAGCGCAAGGCCUCCUUUGUCGCACCUGAAAAUGGCGUGCCAGACUUUAUGGCCUCGCGUGUGACGCAGACUUACGACGAGACGGCCAAUGCACGGCGCCAUCGUCUUUUGCUCUCACUCGCGGCCCUUCCACACAUGAUUGCCACGGUGGUGGAGGAGGACAAGGGCAAGACGAUGCAAAUGCUCUCUUCCGGCACCUGCGAGAUGGUUCUCGACCACUGCACAGGUGCCUGGGACGGGAUGAAUGUGGUGCCUCUGGAUGAGAAGCUGCGAAGCCGCAUCCUUGACUUUCAGGCGGCGCACGCCGAUGGCAUGUCCUGUUAUGCCCUCGCUUACCGUCCCAUGCGCAAAAUCAGUACCGCACCACUCAAGACCACCUACGCUGAAAUCGGCGCCGACUCUGCAGCCGCCAUCCCCCUUGCGGCUCGUUUAAGCGAGAUGGCAGCGGCAGUACCCAAAGCCUUUCGUCCCACGGAUGCGGCACCUAUUCAUGAGCACCCCCGCCUGGCACCACACAAGGAAAAUUCUCGAAACCGCCUGCUGGAAAAGUUUACUCGAAUGGCCAAGAAGCACGCAGCCAACCGUCCGCCCAGCGAUUCACCACGCAAGCGCCGCCCAAAGCGCAAGCACCAACACACGGCGAGCCUGGAGGACCUACCGCGGGCUACUUCAGCUGCCGUUGACGAACUCAGCGAUGUCGCUGGCACGCACAAGAGCCGGUCCCCGCGUACACGACGCUUUGACAGCAGCGCAACCGACGACGGAGACUUACGGGAUGGUGAGGAUGAACGGGACGAGCGCCGUCGAGAUCCAGCUGACAACCGCAGCAACAGCCAUGAUCAACACGCCCCACACGGCCAAGACGACCAUACUCACGCUUCGGAUCAUGACUCAGAUCGAGACUCACAGCACGAGGAAAGUCACGAUGACUUUGCUCGCCAGCCUCGAUAUCAUAGCGCCAGCAUCAGUCGCAGUAUCGAUGAUGGCUUGCGCUCCGUGAAAAGGGCCCGUAGCCAUUCACACGAGCUGUACAAGCCACCCUCGGGCGAGAUGCGCACAUUCCUUCGUCGUUCUGAGACCGACGGUGAUUUCACGCGCCCAAACAGUGCUGAGCAUACCCGUCGUCGCAGUACCAGUUCACUCGAUUACCCGCACGCGCGUCGAUCAUUGGAGCACCUCGGGGAGAGUGCGCCCCAUGACUUUGCCCCGGCCAACGUGUCGGAUCAUGACACCCAGCAAGCUUCAGAUGAUCACGAGGAAGAUGGCGUUGCAACCGCACCUAUAAGUCCCGUGUCCGACUCUCCGCUUCACGAAUCCAAAGAUAUGGAUGAUGUCGACUUUAGCGUCCACCCUUCGCGUUUGCUGGCAGACACCAACCGGGUGAAUGACAACCAGACCACAGCGGCUAACUUGGGUCUCCCAUUCCGCAGCACUCGUGCCGCGUCCACCAGCUCGACCCCUUCCAAUUGGCAACGAUCGCUCGAAAACAUACAACGCGACCAGAUUCUCUUGGGCGCCAUUGGUGUUCGGCAUCGUGCGUCUGAGGACGUGACCGAGCUUAUCAAGGACCUCAACGAUGCAGGCAUCCGGUUUGUGUACUUCUCCGCAGAGAACGAAUUGCAAAGCAAGGCACUAGCUGAGGACAUGGGACUCGAGACGGGGUGGAACUGUUUCAUCUCGCUGAGCGACGACGGUCAGGGAGGUGAUGCCUAUGUCAUCAACCACGCCAACCUGCCACGUGGUAUCCAAGCUGUGCGACCACAUCUUUCGGACGUGGAUAAUGUGCCUUUGCUGGUUCCUCUGUUUUCGGAAGCCUCACCCAGCGCUACCCAAGAAAUGAUUGCCAUCAUGCAGGAAAAUGACCGGGUGGUCUUCCUGAUGGCCAUCGUGCUGCCUUGCAUGGCCAUAUCCAUGCUCUUCACGCGUGGUGAACGAGCCAUUAUGAAGGUGCACACUAGUCGGGCCAAGGACCGCAUUACCAGCGUUCAAUACCUACUUGGUGCCUUUGGUAUCCGGUGCUUGACGACCGGCUUCGUGUGUGUUAUCACGUUUGCCUUGAUGCUUUUCGAGCUGUGCGCGAAACGUGAUGGCACAUGUCAUUCAUUGCUGGGUGAUCGCGAAUUUCCACGGGCGCACACCUGGAAUGGCCGUGCCACCGAAGAGCUUGAGGAACUGGUGUUUGCGCAAAACACUGUGGCUUGGCUUUUCACCUUUUACACCUGCAUCAGUUCCAUGAGCUACUUGCAUCGGACGCGCGGAGUCCAUCGCUUUAAUCCUCUGCGCAACAAGAUCUGGGUGGUGCUGACUGCCUUGGCAUUGGCCUUGCAAACGUUGUACUUUUUUGUGGCGCUCUCCGUGGUGCGCGGCCGCUCUGGACCGAGCGUCUACCUCAGCGAUGUACGUUUGCCCCUGUCGUCUUCUUGGGUGGCACCUUUUCGCCUUUGGCCUAUGUGA